AUGCAACAAACACUCGGUCUAACUGGACAAGUUGUACAAUUCACAGUUGUUGGUCAUUAUUUGAAAAAUAUGACAUACACUGAUAUUACUCAAAAUUUAACAAAUGCUCAGAUAAUUAAACAAUAUAAAUAUUCAAAUCAACCUGGGAACUCUUCACCAAUUGGACCAUCAGUGAAUAUUGUAUUCAAUGCUUUGGGACAGUUUUUAAGUGUAAAUGUUGUUGAUUCAAUUACGACAAAUGGUCAUUAA